GAAGCUCCCCAGUCCGCUACAAAUACUCCUUGGUUCAGUUUUUAAUUCAUGUGCUUUCAGUCCGACACAGAAAAGGAACCGCGUGGUUUCAUUACUCAUAAGACAGCCUCCCUGCAAAGCCUGUAACUCGUGGUGGGACUUCUGUGUAAACCCUUUUCAAAACUUUCCCUCAACUUCUCUACAGGGCAACGUUAGUUUAAAAAAAAGCAAGAGGCACAUUUUUGUUGUGCGUUAGAGUAAGAGUAAAACUUUCUCGGUGAAAGGAAGUUAACCUGUCCAACCAUCCUUCCAGCGGUCAGUCUUGCUACUUGCAUCUGCCAACAAUGACGCGAAGGUCCUGCGCUAUCUACACGGUGGGGGUCAUCUGCGCCCUCCUGCUGGUCAGUGGAAUCGCCUUGAUGGUGGCUCAAGUAUUCCGCAAUUUGAUGCACAAACGCCUGAAAAAGGAAAUUGUUUUAGUGGAAGGUAGCCGCGUGUUCGAGUCAUGGAAAUCCCCUCCCCCUCCUGUCUUCAUGGAAUUUUUCUUCUUUAAUGUGACCAAUGUAGAAGAGGUCCUUAAUGGGGAAAAACCAGAAGUCAACCAGAUUGGACCCUACACCUACAGAGAGUACCGGUAUAAGGACAACGUCACCAUGUUGGACAAUAAUACAAAGGUGUCGGCGUACAACGCCAAAAGCUUUGUGUUUCUGGAGGAUAAGUCUGUUGGUGACCCAGAUGUCGAUAACAUCACCACUGUCAACAUUCCCAUUUGGGCUGCAAUGAACAAGGCGCAGGGAUUCAAGAGCAUUUUUUUGAAUUUUAUGAUAAAAGGCACCAAAAGUCGUCUCUUCACCACUCGAAGUGUUCAGGAAUUACUUUGGGGCUAUGAAGAUGCUUUGUUGGACCGCAUUGCCUCAUCCAGUACUGAUGUGGAGAGGGUUUUUGGCCUCAUGUACAAGAAAAAUGAAAGCAGCGACGGAGAAUUUGUCUUCCACACCGGAACGCAGAACUACUUAGAUUAUGCACGGAUCGAAACAUAUAAAGGGGAAAGGAUGCUCAAAUACUGGUCAACUAAUGAGAGCAACAGCAUCCUUGGAUCAGACGGAAGUGCUUUCCAUCCCUUGCUAAACAAGAGCGAACGUCUUUAUGUCUUCUCUCCUGACCUGUGCAGGACUAUCUACAUGGAGUUUGAGAAGGAUGUUGAGGUGAAAGGAGUCCCCGCCUACCGCUUCACACCUCCCCGCUCUGUUUUGGCCAGCAAGGAAGAGAACCCGGCCAACAAAGGCUUCUGCGUCACCCCUAAAGAGUGCCUGGGAACUGGGGUCCUCAAAGUCAGCCCCUGUCGGAAAGGUGCCCCUGUGGUUGCCUCUUUUCCUCAUUUCUACCUGGGAGAGGACAAAUAUAUAGAAGCGAUUGGAGGAAUGGCCCCUCAAAGGCAUCAUCACCAAACGUUUUUAGACCUCAACCCGACAACUGGAGUGAUUGUGCGUGCAAGCAAAAGAGCUCAGGUUAACAUCUUGAUCAACAGAAUCUCUGGAUACCCAGACACUAAAUUAUUGAAAGAAACAGUCUUCCCUGUUAUGUUCCUCAAUGAGAGUGUGGUGAUCGAUGAUGCAUCAGCAGCGAAGGUGAACAAGCUGCUCAUGAUUGUCAAAGUGGGGUCCAAUUUCCCCCUCAUUAUUGUGGGACUAGGCGGGAUCAUGCUUAUUGUCUUCAUCAUCCUCCUGAUCAGGGCCCAUCAACAGAAGAAAAGAGUUAAGCGCAUUGUGUUUACCAAGGCUGCCUAUGCUACCACAACUGAAGAGGACAUCUCCUAUUCACCAGCCAACACUAAGGAGAAGGACGAUGGUCAGAAUGGAAACUACAUUGGCAUGACGACUAAAACGGAGCAAUAAACUUGGGAAUGAAGAAUAGGAUGGAGCUGCAAGACAGGGUGGUGUGGCAUCCUUUUCAUUUUAAGCACAAUGUAUUAAAUUUUCUUGGUUAAGCACACGCCACCUACAGUCCAGGUAUAGCCAUUGGAAUCCUAAAAGCAGUUCUCUUUAGGUUAUGUGCCACCACUCUGUUUUUAACUGGCUGGAUUCUUGUCUUGGUCAGAGCUCAGUGCUGUCAGAUUAUGAAGUGCUCCUAAGCCAGGCACCAAGUGUUAUUUAGGGAAGCAGCUCAUUGGCAUCUGUAAAUGUAGUAUUCGUAAGCCAGAGUCGUCACUCUCAGGGGGUCUCCUGCCCAGCUGCUGUCAAACAUUAUUAAAGCAGGAUAGACAUUAAACUGCAAGUACCUGUAAUCUCUUUUUUCUAAAGACAUUUCAAUCAGUUCAGUGUGAUUUUGUCCAAUUUCCCUUUUAUUCACUCAGUG